GCACAGAGAGCCGGGCGCAUCUGAGGAAGCAGCCGGGUGGGUGUGAGGGGCAUGUGGGGCUACUUGUGCUCCCUAUGCCGCCCCCCGGGCUCUGAGCCCCGGACCCAGAAGGCCCAAGGAGCUGGAGGUCACCCUGAGGCAGCAAGAUCCCAGAGAAAGGGCGCGAAUCCUGUGGACAACUGUGCGGCACCCCAGGCUGGGCUCCAGUUAGGAGGGGGUGCCUGUGCCCAGGUGGCGGCUCAGAGGCAGCUGCUCCAUGCAGAACUGAAGCUGGUCCUGCAGCAGAAGGGAGAGAGGGAGCAGGAGCCUGGGGCCCAGCUGACUCCCAGCAGUACCAUGGAGGCCAGGAGCCGGAGUGCUGAGGAGCUGAGGCGGGCGGAGUUGGUGGAGAUCAUCGUAGAGACGGAGGCGCAGACCGGGGUCAGCGGCAUCAACGUAGCGGGCGGCGGCAAGGAGGGGAUCUUCGUUCGCGAGCUGCGCGAGGACUCGCCCGCAGCCAAGAGCCUCAGCCUGCAGGAAGGGGACCAGCUGCUGAGUGCCCGUGUGUUCUUCGAAAACUUCAAGUAUGAGGACGCACUACGCCUGCUGCAAUGCGCCGAGCCUUACAAGGUCUCCUUCUGCCUCAAGCGCACUGUGCCCACUGGGGACCUGGCGCUGCGGCCCGGGACCGUGGCUGGCUACGAGAUCAAGGGCCCGCGGGCCAAGGUGGCCAAGCUGAACAUCCAGAGUCUCUCCCCUGUGAAGAAGAAGAAGAUGGUGGUGCCCGGGGCCCUGGGGUACCCUGCAGACCUGGCCCCCAUUGACGUCGAAUUCUCCUUUCCCAAGUUUUCCCGUCUGCGUCGGGGCCUCAAAGCUGAGGCUGUCAAGGGUCCUGUCCCAGCUGCCCCCACCCGCCGGCGCCUACAGCUGCCUCGAUUGCGUGUCCGAGAAGUGGCCGAAGAGGCCCAGGCAGCCCGACUGGCCGCCGCUGCCCCUCCCCCCAGGAAGGUCAAAGCUGAGGCUGAGGUGGCAGCAGGAGCCCGUUUCACAACCCCUCAGGUGGAGCUGGUUGGGCCCCGGCUGCCAGGUGCUGAGGUGGGUGUCCCCCAGGUGUCGGCCCCCAAGGGGGAGGUGGCUCUCCACCUGCCAGCCCUUGGGCUAGGAGCCCCAGCUGCGCCUGCUGUGGAGCCUGUGGCCUUAGGGAUCCAGGUCCCCCAAGUGGAGCUGCCCACCUUGCCCUCGCUACCCACUCUGCCCACACUUCCCUGCCUGGAGACCCGGGAAGGGGCUGUGACUGUGGUGGUGCCCUCCCUGGAUGUGGCAGCGCCUACGGUGGGGGUGGACCUGGCCUUGCCAGGCGCGGAGGUGGCGGCCCGAGAAGAGGUGCCUGAGGUGGCCCUGAAGAUGCCCCACCUCAGCUUUCCCCGCUUUGGGGCUCGAGCAAAGGAAGUUGCUGAGGCCAAGGUGGCCAAGGGCAGCCCUGAGGCCAGGGUGAAGGCCCCCAGAUUGCGAAUGCCUACCUUCGGGCUUUCUCUCCUGGAGCCCCGGCCUGCUGCCCCUGAAGCUGUUGCUGAGAGCAAGCUGAAGCUACCCACUAUCAAGAUGCCCUCCUUUGGCAUAGGGGUCUCAGCCCCUGAGGUCAAGAUGCCCAAGGGGCCUGAAGUGAAGCUCCCCAAGGUCCCUGACAUCAAGCUCCCAAAAGUGCCCGAGGCAGCCCUCCCAGGUGUGCAGCUCCCAGGGGUGGAGCUCCCAAAGGUGUCAGAGAUGAAGCUCCCGAAGGUGCCCGAGGUGGUCGUGCCUGAGGUGCGUCUCCCAGAAGUGCAGCUCCCGAAAGUUCCAGAGAUGAAGCUCCCGAAGGUGCCUGAGGUGGUCGUGCCUGAGGUGCGUCUCCCAGAAGUGCAGCUGCCCAAAGUUCCAGAGAUGAAACUCCCUGAAAUGAAGCUCCCGAAGGUGCCCGAGAUGGCUGUGCCUGAGGUGCAUCUCCCAGAGGUGCAGCUGCCCAAAGUCCCUGAGGUGAGGCUCCCAAAGGUGCCCGAGAUGGCCGUGCCUGAGGUGCGUCUCCCAGAGGUGCAGCUCCCGAAAGUCCCAGAGAUGAAGCUCCCAAAGAUGCCUGAGAUGGCCGUGCCUGAGGUGCGACUCCCAGAGGUGCAGCUGCCGAAAGUCUCAGAGGUGAAACUCCCUGAAAUGAAGCUCCCAGAGAUAAAACUCCCCAAAGUGCCCGAGGUAACUGUGCCCGACGUGCACCUCCUGGAGGUGCAGCUGCCAAAGGUGUCAGAGAUGCAGCUGCCAGAAAUGCAAGUGCCAAAGGUCCCAGAUGUGCAACUAAAAGCUGCCAGGGCAGAGCAGGCAGAGGGGAUGGAGUUUGGCUUCAAGCUGCCCAAGAUGGCCAUGCCGAAGCUGGGGAGGACAGGGUCCCCAUCACGAGGCAAGCCAGGCGAGGCAGGGGCUGAGGUCCCGGGGAAGCUGGUUACGCUUCCCUGUCUGCAGCCAGAGGUGGGCAGUGAACCUCGUGUGGGUGUCCCCUCUCUCACACUCCCCUCCGUGGAGCUAGACCUGCCCAGAGCCCUCAGCCUGGAGGGCCAGGUCGCAGCAGCCGGGGUGCACAAGGUGGAGCAGGCAGAGGGUCCCAGGGAGGCAGCAGGGGUUGGGGAAGUGGCCUUCCACAUGCCCUCUGUUGAGAUCGUCACUCCACAGCUGUCCACGACAGAAGUGGAGGAAGGGCAGCUAGAGGUGAUGGAGAUGAAAGUCAAGCCCUCCUCCAAGUUCUCUCUGCCUAAGUUUGGACUCUCCGGGCCGAAGGGGGCCAAGGCAGAGGCUGAGGGGGCUGGGCGAGCCACCAAGCUGAAGGUGUCCAAGUUCGCCAUCUCACUCCCCAAGGCUCAGGUGGGGACUGAGGCUGAGCCCAAAGGGGCUGGGGAGGCAGGCCUACUGCCUGCCCUCGAUUUGUCCAUCCCACAACUCAGUCUGGAUGCCCAUCUGCCCACGGGCAAGGUGGAGGUGGCAGGGGCUGAUGUCAAGCACAAGGGACCCAGGUUUGCCCUGCCCAUGUUUGGGGUCAAAAGCCAGGACACCGAAGCAGGACAACUAGCAGCAGGGGUGGCUGAGCUGGAGGGCAAGGGCUGGGGUUGGGAUGGGAGGGUGAAGAUGCCCAAGCUGAAGAUGCCCUCCUUUGGGCUGGCACGGGGGAAGGAAGCAGAAACCCAGGGUGGGCGUGUUAGCCCUGGGGCCAAGCUAGAGCCAAUGGCUGCCCACCUUAAGAUCCCUGAGGUGGAGCUGGUCACGCUGGGGGCCCAGGAUGAAGGUGGAGCAGAGGGGGUGGCUGCCGUCAGUGGAGUCCGGCUGUCAGGCCUGCAGGCAUCCACGACCAGGCAGGCGGGCACUGAGGGCCAGGAGGCAGGGCUGAGGAUGCCCCUGGGCAUCUCCCUGCCCCAGGUGGAGCUGGCCAGCUUUGGGGAGGCCACUCUGAGCACCAGUGCAGGACAGCAGGCCAAGAGCGUGGCCCCUUCAGCAGAGGGCACAGCAGGCUACAGGGUCCAGGUGCCUCAGGUGACCUUGUCUCUGCCUGGAGCCCAAGUGGCAGGUGGUGAGUUGUUGGUGGGAGAGGGUGUCUUUAAGAUGCCCGCUGUGACAGUGCCCCAGCUGGAGCUGGAUGUGGGGCUGAGCCGAGAGGCGCAGGUGGGUGAGGCAGCCACAGGGGAGGGUGGGCUGAGGCUGAAGAUGCCCACACUGGGGUCCAGAGCUGGGGCUGGGGGAGAGGGGUCCAGAGACCAGUCCCCAGGGGCCGAGCGUGCCUUCCGCCUCUCACUGCCCAACGUGGAGCUCUCGCCACCCGCCAUGGGCACCCAUGCCGAGUAUCAGGUAGCGGAGAACGAGGGGUGUGUGGGACACAAGCCCAAGGUGCGGCUGCCACGGUUUAGCCUGGCGCGGGCCAAGGAGGGGGCUGAGGAAGGCGAGAAGGCCAAGAGCCCAAAACUCAAGCUGCCGCGUGUAGGCUUCAGCCAGAGUGAGGCAGUCGCCGGGGAAGGCUCCCCCAGCCCGGAAGAGGAGGAGGAGGGCAGCGGGGAAGGGGCCUCAGGACGCCGCGGCCGGGUCCGAGUCCGCCUGCCCCGUGUGGGCCUGGCUACCCCUUCCAAGGCUUCUUGGGGGCAGGAGGGUGAGGCAGCUCCCAAGUCCCCAAGCGGGGAGAAGUCCCCCAAGUUCCGCUUCCCCCGGGUGGGCCUAAGUCCCAAGGCCCGGAGCGGGGACCAGGAAGAGGGUGGAUUCCGGGUUCGGCUGCCCAGCGUGGGAUUCUCGGAGACAGGGGGUGCUCCAGGCCCCACCAGGAUGGAGGGGGCUCAGGCUGCUGUUAUCUGAAGCCCCUGGGCAAAUGGAGGGUCCCCUCCCACCUUCCCAUCCCCACCUCCCCUUCGUUUGUCUGUGAGAUAA